AUGAAGGGGCAGGGCGAGGGGCGGAAAACUCCCACGUACAGCCCCAUAACGGAGAGCCUGUACCUGAAGCUGAAGGACCCACUGGGGCCAUACGUCAAUUUAAGCAACUCCCCCCCGUCGAGCGAAAAAAGAAAAAAACUCCACAAACGAAUAAGCUUCAGUAGCUUCUCAAAUACCACAUGUAGCGACAUCCAAAAGGUGAACAGUUAUUUACCCAUAGAAAAUAAUAUCGUCCUGCUAUCUCUGGGAAAUUAUUCUUUCAAAGUUGGACUGAUAAAUAAGUAUGACUGCAAAUUGCAAAGCUUGCGGGUACCCCAAAUGGAAGUCAUUGAACCAUGGAGAGAACUGGGUUAUGCACAUCCACCAUAUAAAAACUACGAUAUCAUAGAAGAGUGCCUUUUCCACUGCUUCAGUAAUUUUUACAAAAUAAAUUUAAAAGACAAAGAUUUGUUUAUUCCCUUUUCUAGCAUAAAUAGUACGCAUGAUUUUUCCACCCUGGGGGAUAUUUUAUUUGACACAUUUCAAGUGCAGAGUGUGACCUUUAGGGAGCCCUCUUUUCUUUCUUCUCUCAUCAUUUUAGAAAAUCUAGCGAAGGAAAAAAAGGAGAAGCAACACGGGCGUGAGGUCCUACUUUAUAGAGAUGAUGAGAAGGACUCAUCUACAAAUUGUGACUGCGCAGGUGAAACCUUCGUAACGGGAGCAGAAAAAGACAAAGGGGAAUUUAGCACACAGCGGAAGAAAAUAGUGGGGAAGGAACCAUACCCGGAGGAGUGCAUCGCGAACCUACACUCCUUAAACUUGUUCAAUUUUACAGCUAUCUUAGUAAACAUCGGAAGUACUAAGACGACCUGCACCCCUGUGAUAAAUGGAAUCCCCCUGCCCGACCUGACAAGCACCUACCACAUCGGGGGGUACGACAUAGACAAUCAAAUUUUCGACGAAAUGAAAAAAAAUAAAAUCUACCAAAAGGAUGUAUCAAUGGAGGCUGCAAAAAUUGCAAAGGAGAAACGGGUAUUCACUCCAAAAACUAGAGAAGACUGUGGUUAUCUUUCCCUACUUUACGAUCGAACUCCGCGAAAUUAUUUAGUUAGUUCCUUCGAGUUACAUUUUAAUAAAAUAUCCUCCUCAGCUGUGACUUCUACUGAAAUAUUUUUCUCUCCAUGUUAUUUGGGGAAUUACUUAAAAACGGAGUCAUACAAGCAGCUGCACACGUACGAUGUGAAUGAAGGAUUUCGUUUGAGUGGGUCUCCUAGUUGGAUCCCAAACUUUACUAUAAGGGAGUCCUCCCCCAGUUGGAAAGUCAACCUGAGCUCCGCCCUCACAGAGAGCACCCUCCCCUGUGUAAUUUACGACACCAUUCAAAAGUGCCCCAUAGAUACUCGAAAGGAACUCUUUGAAAAUAUUUACCUGACGGGGGGAUCAAGCAUCAUCAGAGGAUUUCGUGAAAGAUUACAAAAUGAAUUAUAUGACUUUGUUAAAAGGAAAAACUUUUACAGCAACGUUUGUAUCAAUGUGCAUGCUGUACGGAGGAAGAUGCUUCAAAAAUAUGCCACCUACUCGGGGGCUCACUACUUUUUGGAACUGUUCGAUUAUCACAAUUAUCAAAUCACACGGGCGGACUAUCAGGAGUGUGGCGACAGCAUCCUGGAGCGUCUGAGUUUGCAAGGGAAGCUUCUUUUUUAA